UGCUCAGUGCUGCCGACUGUGUUGGACUCCGGAGCGUCUGUCCGACCUGACGCACUCUUGUACCAAAGCGCAGCUGUCACCAUUACUUCAUGCUUAUUGGCCCAAUACCGAGAGAGGCAGAGGCUGAGCAAAGGCAAACAACGGGGGAGAGAGAAAGAGCCGGACCCCUGCGCUCUGCUCCAUCGAUCUGCAGAGGUGCACCGAGGAUCCUCUAAAGGACGCUGGGAACGGAUUUCUGAGUUUUUUUGGGGGGUUUUCUGGAAUGCCAAGGUGGAUCCGCCGUUCGGAACAUGAUGCUGCUGGGAAAUUUGAUCGUGUUGGUGUUCUGUCUUUGGGGGACGGAUGUCAGCAGAGCUCACAUAUUUGAAGCCACACGACCUGGAGACGGAGACAACAUAUCACCUGUCACUAAACUUGUGUCAGAGUGGGUCAGCACAGCAGGAUCCUGUAAAGGGAGGUGCUUUGAGUUGGAGGUGGCAGAUCCUCCAGGAUGCAGAUGUGACAAUCUGUGUAAAACUUACCUCAGCUGCUGCUCGGACUUCGAUGCUCACUGCCUGAAAACAGCGGGGGGGUUUGAGUGUACACCUGAUCGCUGUGGGGAGGAGAGGAAUGAAGACCAUGCCUGCCACUGUUCUGAUGAUUGUUUAGAAAAUGGAGACUGCUGUUCUAACUACAAAUCCACAUGCAGCGAUGAGACUUCAUGGUUGGAGGACAGCUGUGAAGAGAUCAAGAGUCCUGAAUGUCCUGCAGGUUUCGUCCGUCCUCCUCUCAUCAUGCUGUCUGUUGAUGGGUUCAGAGCGUCCUACAUGAAGAAGAGCAAAUAUGUCAUCCCUAACUUACAUAAACUCAGAUCAUGUGGUGUGUCACCUCCGUACAUGCGACCCGUCUAUCCAUCAAAGACAUUUCCAAAUUUAUACACCCUAGCCACAGGUCUGUACCCAGAGUCCCAUGGAAUUGUGGGAAACACCAUGCAUGACCCAGUGUUCAAUGCCACCUUCAGCCUACGCACAAGAGAAAAAUUAAACCAUCGCUGGUGGGGUGGACAGCCAAUCUGGAUUACAGCAGAGAAACAAGGAGUGAAAGCAGGAACGUUCUUCUGGCCGUGGGUGAUUCCUCUAGAAAGAAGGAUUUUGACAAUUCUCCAUUGGCUGACACUUUCAGAUCAAGAGAGGCCCUAUGUUUAUGCAGUCCACUCCGAGCAGCCGGAUACCUUUGGCCAUCGCUUUGGACCACUCAGCAGUGAGCUGGACAACCCUUUGAGGGAAAUUGACAACAUCAUUGGUCAACUAAUGAACGGACUGAAGCAGAUGAAUCUGCACCGAUGUGUCAAUGUCAUCAUUGUAGGCGAUCACGGUAUGGAAGAGGCCCAUUGUGACAGGACAGAGUUUCUCAGCAACUACCCUCUAAAUCUCGACGAUAUCAUGCUCAUCCCGGGCUCCAUUGGUAGAAUUCGCCCCCGUAACCCUAAAUCCACCACAUAUGACCCAAAGGUUGUGGUUGGAAACCUUACUUGUAAAAUGCCUACUCAGCACUUUAGACCAUACCUGAAGCACCAUUUACCCAAGAGGCUUCACUACGCCAACAACCGCAGGAUCGAGGAUGUCCAGCUUUUGAUGGAGCGGAAAUGGCACAUUGCUAAGAAACUGCCAGAAAAACCAAGAUCUCGGUGCGGUUUCUCUGGUGACCAUGGCUUUGACAACAAGAUAACAAGCAUGAGGACAAUCUUUAUUGGCCAUGGACCAAGUUUCAAGUUCCAGAAACGUGUCCCAGAGUUUGACAAUAUAGAACUAUACAACGUCAUGUGUGACUUGUUGGGGUUGGAGCCAGCUCCUAACAAUGGGACACAUGGUAGCCUCAAUGACAUGCUGAAGGAUCCGCCCUUCCUGCCCACCAUGCCAGAGGAAGUCACACCUCCAUCACCGGCGUCUGACUCCAGCCACGCAAUGAUUCAAGACCUGGGGUGCAGCUGUGAGGAUGAGAACAAGGUGGAGGAGAUAAUUGAAACCUUUACCCCUGCACCAGAUGGCACCUACGGUUACAACACCACCCAUCUUCCAUUUGGUCGCCCAGCAGUGAUGUUCAGUACUCAAUACAGUCUACUUCAUCAUGUGGAAUUUAUCAGUGGAUACAGCAAAGAGCUGGCCAUGCCACUCUGGACAGCAUACACACUACCCCGACAGGAGGAUUUGACUCCCAUACCGGAUGUUUCUCCUUCUGUUAACUGUAUCCGAGCUGACCCAAGAGUUUCUUCAGUUCACAGUCAGAGCUGCACAACGUACAACCAGAACAACCACCUCACUUAUGGCUUCCUCUUUCCUCCAGAACUAGCAACAUCUCCAGAGUCAAGAUAUGAUUCUUCGCUCAUCACCAACACCGUUCCCAUGUACCCCGCUUUCAAGAGAAUAUGGAGCUACCUCCAGGGGACGCUGUUGAGACGUUACAGUGAAGAAAACAAUGGCAUUAAUGUUCUCUCUGGGCCCAUCUUCGACUAUAACUACGACGGCCUUCGAGACACCACAGCGCAGAUUAAAGAAUCUUCAGCGAAUUCACCCCUCAUUCCUACCCACUUCUACACGAUUGUGACGAGCUGCCAGGAGAUGAACCAGACGGUGGAUGAGUGUGACGGGGCUCUCAAGGUGUUUUCCUUCAUCCUUCCUCACAGGCCAGACAACAGUGAAACCUGCAAUAGUGCUGAGGAUGAGUCCCAGUGGGUUGAAGACCUGUUGAAGCACCAUACGGCCCGGGUUCGAGAUGUGGAGAUCUUGACUGGCCUGGACCUGUACAGAUCCACUAACCUCACCUACAUCAGCACCUUGAGCCUUAAAACCUACUUGAACACCUUCGAGAGUGAUGACUAGACAGACAGAUAAAGAUGCAGAUGCACAGGAUGUCAUGAAAGCCAUGUAUUAUGUCUCCAUGCUUGCUGGAAAUUUUAUAGAUAAAUUUUGCUCCAAAGGACCCAUCUAGGAAGAGUUUUCACAGGGGAAUACAUUUUUGAAAAUUAAAACAAUGUAAAAGAACUUUGGUAGGAUUAUUGAAUACCAUUUAAAAAAAUCAGGGAAGCAGCUCGAGCAGAGAUGCAGAUUUUAUUAAUAUAGCUAUAUUCUCUUGCAUACAUAAAGCACUAUAACAGUGUAGCUCUGCAAGUAUAAAUAAUCUUUACCUAAUAUUCCAAAUGAACGCCAAUUGCAUGCAAAUAUUAGAAAAUAUUUAAUAGUUUUUGUUUUAAAAAUCUGUAGAUCAUAGCAAGUUUAAUGGAAGAAUUAACCUGAAAUAACAAACUGGAAAGUGAAAUAAAAAAUAUGUAUAUGAAAUUCUGAAGCAGAGUAUUAGUGUUUGCAGAACCAAGCUAAA